CUUUUUUACACACCGCACGAGGAAGUUUCGGCAUCUUCAAAACGAAACAAAAACUCUCAAAACCAUUUCGUCUCUCUAACUUCUGUGUUAUUUAUUUCUAUAUCUCUGUCUCUUCUCUAUCUCUCUAGUGGGAGAAAAGUAUGGCGGAUUGGGGACCUGUAGUGAUCGCUGUGAUACUGUUCGUGCUUCUGACACCGGGACUUCUCUUUCAGAUUCCGGGGAGAGGUCGUGUCGUCGAAUUCGGGAAUAUGCAGACUAGUGGUGCGUCCAUUCUCGUCCACACCAUUAUUUUCUUCGGUCUCAUCACCAUCUUCACCAUCGCCAUUCGUCUCCACAUUUACACCGGUUAAUUCGUAAUUUCUUCCGGACCCGGUUGGUUUGGUUCAUAGUUAUGUUUUUCCAUUUUUAAAUUGCUUCCUAUCUUUUUUUUGUAUUUGUUUAUAUAUUUUGUUUCUGUGUCUGGUGUUAAAGUUAACAUGUGAAAGUCUGAGUACUUCAAUAUGAAUAUAUGAUGCAUUAAGUUAUCUCCAAAAUAUCUGUUCUGUUUGGCUUUGAUU